AUGGGCCCUCCCGUCAUCGACAGCCACCCUGCAGCACCUGCCGGGACUUGCGGCUCCAAGCUCGCAGGGGCCGCGUCCGGAGGGGACCGGACCACCUCGUCUUCGUUCCACGCCUCCUCUUUUGAUUCUCGCCGUCCUGCAUUGUGCGUACUGUACAGAUGCUGCAACACCACCCGCGCACGAGACGCUCGCAGGGCACCCGUGCACUCCAAGAAGGCCCGGUUACCAGCGGGCCUCGUUGUCUGGCAUCGCCCCAUGCAGUGCAGGAUCAUCCUCCUGCCAUCCAAGCCAGGGAAUUUCCCGGAUACGGCGCUUGUACACUCGCUCCGUAAGGGUCCUUCCCAGCUGGGAACAAUCUCGCGUGCUGGCAAGCCGACCACUACAUGCAGGCCACCGCGGGACGACACGAAAAGCGCACAGGACAGGCUCGGUGUCCAAUACAGCAAUGAUGGCGCUGCAGCACGGCUACAGAUGAUAGAAUAUCAUGCAGGAGCCAUCGAACGCUACCGAGCCUUCAUAUGUCUUGGCCGGGGACUUCGCACACCCCCGUUCCGACCAUCGUGA